ACCUGCGGUCACGUGACGCUGUGGCCCGGGCCGCGUUGGGGUCUCAGCACAACGGGCGACGCGGAGGGGAAGGAAGCGGUUCCCUCUCGGCCGCGAUGCUGGCCGAAGGCUCCAACGGGGAGCCGGCCUCCUCCUGCUUCCCCACCCUCCUCCUCCUGACCCUCCGUCCGCGGUGAUAAACGCCCUGCAAGACUGUUUCUUGCUUGACCUGUUCCACAUUGGUGUAUCUUUAACUGGUACGUCAGGAUCUGCCACAGAUUGCAUCUGUAGUUCGUUCGGUGUGGUGCUCUGAAUGGCUGUUGGAUAGGGAUGUAUAGCCUGAUGGCCAAUUGCUGCAACUGGCUAAAGAGGUGGCGAGAACCUAUCAGGAAGGUGACAUUGAUCAUGGUGGGCCUUGAUAAUGCUGGGAAAACUGCAACAGUGAAAGGAAUUCAAGGAGAGUCUCCUGAAGAUGUGGCUCCAACAGUUGGCUUUUCUAAAAUCGAUCUUAAGCAAGGCCGUUUUGAAGUCACAAUCUUUGACCUCGGAGGUGGAAAACGAAUCCGGGGAAUCUGGAAGAAUUACUAUGCUGAAUCCUAUGGAAUAAUAUUUGUUGUGGACUCCAGUGAUGUGGAGAGAAUGGAAGAGACAAAGGAGACAAUGUCAGAACUUCUCAGACAUCCCAAGAUAUCAGGAAAACCUGUAUUAGUGUUAGCUAAUAAGCAGGACAAAGAAGGUGCCUUGGCCGAAGCAGAUGUAAUUGAGUGUUUAUCUCUUGAAAAACUUGUCAACGAGCACAAAUGCCUCUGUCAGAUUGAACCUUGCUCAGCUAUCAUGGGCUAUGGGAAAAAAAUUGACAAGUCUAUCAAAAAAGGUUUACUUUGGCUGUUGCAUAUUAUAGCUAAAGAUUUUGAUGCCUUACAUGAACGAAUCCAGAAAGACACUGCAGAGCAAAAGGCAGCUGAAGAACAAGAGAAACGUGAACGGGCAGAACGAGUGAGGAAGAUACGGGAAGAAAGAGAACGGAAGGAGAGAGAAGAAGCUGAACGGGAAGGAAGGAGCAUUUCAGAUGAAGUGGAUCCUGAGCUAGUAACUGGCAACCCAUUCCAACCUAUAUCCACUGUAAUUGCUGAGAAUGAAAAGAAAAUUGAAAAAGAAAAGAAAAGGCAGCGGGAAGAGAAUGAAAAGGAAGCCCUCGCUUUAAAACCAAAAACAGAUCAGGACCAAAUGGAUAGUCAAAGCCUCAUUAGCCAACAGUCAAAUGACUGCAGAUUGGUAGAAAAAUAUAAAUCUGCACUCACACAACGGUUAGAACAUGAAGAUGAGAAUGACCAACAAGUGUCAGAGAGUCUUGACUCUGGUGAUAAUGCCACCUUAAAUCCAGGAACAGAGAACAGUAAAAAGAAAGCAAAGAAACUGAAAUUGAAAAGGAGUCACCGAGUAGAGCCGGUCAGUGCAGAAGAGACCAUAUCCCCACAGCCUACACCAGUAACACCUCUUGCACCAGUUGGAUGGGAAACUCCCAAAGUUCACAGAAUUCGAAAACUUGAACCUCUUGGUGAAAUGCGUCAUAAUGGAGUUUAGAAAGAAGAAAGCAAAAGAAAAGGCAGAACAAAAGAGAUUUCUAUGGGAAGCCACUGCCUCCGCUGACUAUACGGCAAAGACCAAACAGUGAAACCCAUGAUGUCAUUUCUUAACUAGAAAUCGUGAGAAGCCUAAAAUGAAGACCUGCAUUAAACACUGUUUUCUUACUUGAGGAGACAACUGAUAUUCUUAAAGAUUGCUGGUCAAGGACAUGUAGGAUUUUCUUGGGAUCUCUGAUGAGAAUCGCUUCCAUGAACUUAUUGUUUCCUAAUUGCUUCUUGACUGCUCUGCAGGGUUCAUGUGGAACAAGAAAACUUGUGUAAGCAGACUCUCACUUGGUUUCCUUAACUGAAAUGAAACUUUGAAUCCUGAAAACACUUUCAAGACCAAAUAGAACUUGACUGUGCUCACCCAAGGACUCUUUUCCAGUUUGUCUUAGUAUGUUUCUAUAUUCAGUAUAUUUUGUUUUCAUAUAUGCAUGUUCAGAUGGGGAAAACAGUAUAAACAUGUACAUUUUAACUAUUUUUUAUAUUUUUCUAGUACCUUGUUUGUUUUUAACAGGACAAUUGUUAACUAUUUUGGAAUACUGAUGCUCACAGUUAUAUUCAUAAGCA